UGGCAGAAGGGAGGUAAGCCGUGCGGGGCGGCGGGCUGCCACCGCUGCCCCCCUGCUCGGGAGCCGCCGGGUCGCGCCGCCUGCGGCCCGGUCGGCUUGCAUGGAGGGCGGCUGAGGCCCUGCGGGGCUGGGGCUGAGCUGGGAGACGGGGCAGUGGAGCAUGUGGCGGCAGGGCCGCGUCGCGGCGAGGGGCAGCCGGGAGGGGGCUUUUUGCCCUCGUCCGGUCCUGCUGGGGCUCUCAGCUUCUGGAGGACUAGGCCUUCUGAGGUUACGGAGCUCCGAGAUACCUGGGCAGGGCUGGCUGUGGUGACUGCGGUGGGACUUAGUGGGAUCUCGACUCGGAAGCCGGUCGGCGCGAUCCUUGCAUACUUAGCUGCAGCAGGUUGCAGUCGUCCCACUCUCCUUCGACCUGUUCCCUAGUUGGGGGCAGAGCAGGAGAUUCUGGCCGCGUCCUGCCUGGCCUGGGGUGACUGUCUCCUUCUCAUUCCCGGUGACUCACUCAGAUCAUGUCCACUUAUAAUGCAAAGGCUUAUGGGUGAGCAGGGCCUGUUUUCAGUCUCCUAGUUCUCUGGCUCCGUCCGCACUUGCGGCAAUUACUUGAAGAAAGAGUAUGUUAGAUGUAUGUUUUGAAAUUUUCGUAGCAGCUAACGCGUGGAGACGUGCAGUUAUGUUGCGUUUACCCUUCAUGAGUUUUAGUUUCAGCUGUGGCGUCCUGAUAUCUCAGUGUGGUUCCUGAAUUUGGAGCUUUUGAAAUGAAUGAAAUCCUGCCAAUUUCCUGCAGUCAUUCAUUCAUACAUUCCAAACUUUUUUGAUGGAUUCCUUAAUGGUCAGCCUCAUACCAGGUUCUAGUAUCCCUGAAACCAUCGUGGCUCUGAGGGUGUAAUCCUGAUAACUGUAUCAGUAAUGACUCCAGGUUUCAGUGGCCUAUCUGUAAGAAGAGGAAUGGGAUUAGUAUAAUUUUGAGAUUUUCCAGGAGAGGAGGGUAGAUGGCAUGUUUCCUGAACUGUGUUAACAGGAAGUAACUAUUUUUAAAACACAGGAUGCAUUUUAUGAUUAUGUUUUACUGUGUCAACGAACAUUGUAUCUGUCCACAUUCACUUUUUGACUACCAAGCAAGUGCAUGUUUACAAUUUUGAUUCACAUCCAAUUCCUGCGUAGAAAGCACUGUGACUCAUCUGAAUUUUGAAAUGAGACCAUCAAGGAAAUUUCCAUCCACACAGAUUAGCAGUUGAAAAUGAAGCUGCACACAUACAUGUAAGAGAAGCAAAAAUGUCAGAUGAUAUCAGGAAAAGGUUUGAAUUUCCAAAUUCUCUUAUCCAAUCACAGGCUGUGGGUCAUCUUAUUGCUGCAGUCCUAAAGGAAAAUGGUUUUUCAGAAAAGAUUCACCAAUCUACAAAUCAGACUCCUGCUUUGAACUUGCUGUGGGAGAAGUGUUGCAGUGACAAUGUAGUGGUUCGAACAGCCUGCUGUGAAGGUCUGGUGGCACUCGUUGCUCAGGAUCAUGCAGAGUUCAGCUAUGUUCUCAAUGGGAUACUCAACUUGAUUCCAUCAACCAGAAAUACACAUGGCUUGAUAAAAGCCAUUAUGCACUUACUACAAAUGCAAGCUCUUAAGGAAGGACAAGGUGGGGAAAAGAAUAUUCAGAAUAUAUAUACCAUUAGAAAUCAUCCUCAUCCUUUGAUCACUGUGCUUGAACACAGACCUGAUUGCUGGCCAGUGUUUUUGCAGCAGCUGACAGCGUUUUUCCAGCAGUGCCCUGAAAGGUCAGAAGUUUCAUGCAUUCAAAUAAUGGCACCAUUUCUGUGGUAUCUGUAUUGUGAACCAUCUCAGUUACAAGAAUAUGCUAAACUCCGACUAGCCCUGCUGAAAGUCUUACUUCAACCCCAGGUUCUUUGUGACAAAGAUCAACCAUCAAUGCUGGAACAGCAGAUACUUCAACUGUGUUGUGACAUAGUUCCAUGUUUGCAGAUAAAAGAUUUGAUACAGACAACAGAGGCGAUGAUGUUUAUUGAGGAAGUAUGUUUAAGCCUUUUGCGUCAUCCUGUUUUCUGGAAAAUUCAGCUUACCCAGAUGAGUCUUCAGCUGCUGUGUGUCAGUGAAGUCAGCUUAAAGAUAACUGGUGAAUGUUCAUCUUCAAUUCACCUUUUAGAGCACAGUGUUGAACUUCUGAAGGAGGAUUUUCCUGUUGAACUGGUCAUAAUUGGAAUAGCUUUACUACUUCUACAGACUCCAGCAAGUCAGCAGAAGCCAAUCUUAAAUCUAGCUUUGAAGCUCCUCUCUGUUACUGAGGAUCAGAAAAUCCCAAAGUCCUCUCUGCUGCUAGUGAUGCCAAUUCUGCAGAUACUAUCUUCUUCUGCCUUGGAAGACUGUAUAUCUGUGGAUGAAGAAGGUCCCUCUAGGCAGCAGUUGGCUCUAAACCUUUUGGAAAUGAUACAGCAGGAAUGUUACAGAGAUGACCACCAAAAGCUCUCCUACAAGCUUGUGUGCCCUGUAACCAGUAUGUAUGGUACAAUAUUUACAGCCUGGAGGAUUCUUGAAGUAAUGACAGACUCGUCUGCUGCAAGUGACUGGUUGGCUUCAGUAGAGUCAUUGCUUCCUAUUACUGCUGUGAUCCCUGCGCCUGCCUUUCUUCUGCUGGCUCACCUCCUUGUUGAAGACAAAGGACAAAAUCUUCACCAAAUACUCAAGGUCACUACAGAAUUAGCCCAAGCAGAUUCCUCCCAGGUGCCAAAUCUGAUUCCAGUUUUGAUGUUCAAAUUGGGAAGACCACUGGAACCUAUAUUAUAUAAUGAUAUAUUGUAUACUUUACCUAAGCUUGGUGUUCACAAGGUGUGUAUAGGACAAAUUCUACGAAUAAUACAACUACUUGGAACCACACCACGACUAAGAGCUGUCACUUUGCGCUUGCUGACAUCUUUGUGGGAAAAGCAGGACCGAGUCUAUCCUGAACUGCAGCGUUUCAUGGCUGUGUCUGAUGUAUCUUCUCUUUCGGUGGGCAAGGAAGUCCAAUGGGAGAAACUGAUUGCAAAAGCAGCAUCAAUCAGAGAUAUAUGUAAGCAGAGGCCGUAUCAACAUGGUGCAGAUAUGUUGGCAGCUAUUUCUCAAGUGUUGAAUGAAUGCACCAAGCCUGAUCAAGCUACUCCAGCAGCCUUGGUAUUACAGGGUCUUCAUGCACUCUGUCAAGCUGAGGUUGUUUGCAUUCGCUCCACUUGGAAUGCUCUCUCUCCAAAGCUGAGUUGUGACACAAGACCUCUCAUUCUGAAGACACUGAGUGAACUAUUUUCUCUAGUUCCUUCCUUAACGGUCAAUACAACUGAAUAUGAGAAUUUUAAAGUUCAAGUCCUCAGCUUCCUCUGGACUCAUACUCAAAACAAGGACCCAAUUGUAGCAAAUGCUGCAUAUAGAUCCCUGGCCAACUUUAGUGCAGGAGAACACACCAUUCUUCAUCUGCCUGAAAAGAUAAGACCAGAAAUUCCCAUUCCUGAAGAAUUAGAUGACGAUGAAGAUGUUGAGGAUGUGGAUCUUUCAGUUCCUGGCUCUUGCUAUCUCAAACUGUUGUCACUCACUCCCCCUUUGGUUUUACCAGCUUUGGAGGAAUUUUUUACAUCACUUGUGAAGCAAGAAAUGGUGAAUAUGCCUCGUGGGAUAUAUCACUCUGCAUUAAAAGGAGGUGCCCGCUCAGACCAAGGAAAGACUGUAGCAGGAAUCCCCAAUUUUAUAUUGAAAAUGUAUGAAACAAACAAGCAACCAGGACUGAAACCUGGCCUUGCAGGUGGUAUGUUAUUUUGCUAUGAUGUUUCCAUGUAUCAGAGUAAAGAUGGAAAACCAUUGAACAGACUGAUGGCCAGCAGAGGGCGAAGUUUCAAGCAGACUUCACUUGCUCUUGUACAUGAGGUUCAUAUCCAGCUUUCAGAGUGGCACCGUGCGAUUUUUCUUCCGCAGGCCUGGCUUGCAUACAUGAAUCGAGCUUAUCAUGCCAUUUUACAGGGAAGACUAGGAGAGCUGGAGUUGCAGUUAAAACAUGGAAAAGAAGAACCUGAGGAGGUGCAGUACAAAAAAAGCACAGCCUGGCUCUGGGUUAGAGACAUGCUGACUGAUGAGAUCACCAAGGCAGCUGCAAAGGAGAGUCCGGUAGUGAAAGGCAAUGCGCUGUUAGCUCUAAGCAGCCUUGCUGUCGUCGUAUCUAGACAUGAAGCCAGCCUCUCCUCAGACUCUGACGGGCUCCUGGAGGUUCAACCUAAUUUCCUUUCAAUGAAAGAGUGGGUUUCCAUGGUACUUGAUACACUCUUGGUCAUUGUGGAUAGCCAUUACCAACCCCGAGGGCAACUUCUCUCCUGGUUUUAUUAUAAGUCCUAUUCUGGUGAAAACACAGCUAGUGCCAUUGCCCGUUCUGCUGCCGCCACGGCUUUGUCUCUCCUUGUGCCAGUUUUCAUUAUCUCUUGCAAAGAGAAGGUUGAGGAAAUCCUGAACAUGCUGACUGCCAGGUUACCUGGGAAACCAAGUGCUGAUGAGUCUCAAGCCGUGCAAAUCCACAUGGGCCUUGCUUUAGGGAUGUUUCUCUCUCGCUUGUGUGAAGAGAAACUCAGUGAUAUAUCUGGCCAAGAGAUGAACCUUCUUCUGAUGAAGUCGUUGGAUGCCCUGGAAAAUUGCUGCUUUGACACUAGUCUUGAAUACAACACGGGCUGUAUAUUGGGAGUUGGACUUGUUCUGUCCCUCAUGAGCCACAGCAGCCAAAUGCAGUCCCGCGUUCACGUAGCGGCAUUGCUCCGGAAGCUGUCUGCGCACCUAGAUGACAGCGGGAGCCAGAGCAGAACGUUUCAGGAGGUCCUUGCCUACACACUUAGCUGUGUAUGUACAUCAGCGUUCAGUGCUGGAAUUAUUGAGGCUACAGAGGCUGAGGAUGUUAUGAACAAGCUUCGACUGUUAGUGGAGAAUAGCCAGCAGACUUCAGGUUUUGCCCUGGCUUUAGGAAACAUAGUUCAUGGAUUGUCUGUGUGUGGACAUGGAAAAGCUGAAGACUUGGGCAGCAAACUACUCCCUGCCUGGAUCAGAAUUGUUCUAACAGAGGGCACUCCCACAAUGCUUUGUCUGGCAGCUCUUCAUGGCAUGGUGGCCUUGGUAGGCUCUGAAGGGGAUGUAAUGCAGCUGAAAUCAGAAGCCAUCCAGACCUCUCAUUUUCAAGGCAGACUUAAUGAAGUCAUUAGAACCUUAACUCAGGUCAUUAGUGUCUCUGGGGUGAUUGGUCUCCAGUCAAAUGCAGUCUGGCUUCUUGGACAUCUUCAUCUAUCUACUCUAUCCUCAAGUCAAAGUAGAGCCUCUGUUCCUACUGACUAUAGCUAUUUGCCUGAAAGCAGUUUUAUUGGAGCAGCUAUUGGCUUUUUCAUUACAGGAGGAAAAAAAGGUCCUGAAUCUGUGCCUCCUUCCCUUCUUGAAGUAGUGAUGAAACCCAUAGCAACUGUUGGAGAAAGCUACCAAUAUCCUCCUGUGAACUGGGCUGCACUUCUCUCUCCACUUAUGAGGCUAAAUUUUGGUGAAGAGAUCCAGCAACUGUGCCUUGAAAUUAUGGUGACCCAGGCACAGUCAUCCCAGAAUGCAGCUGCACUAUUGGGCUUGUGGGUGACACCACCACUGAUCCACAGUCUGAGUCUGAAUACCAAGAGAUAUCUCCUGAUAUCUGCACCUCUGUGGAUAAAACACAUCUCUGAUGAACAGAUCCUGGGUUUUGUUGAAAAUUUAAUGGUGGCAGUUUUUAAAGCAGCUUCCCCACUUGGAAGUCCUGAGCUAUGCCCAAGUGCUUUACAGGGUCUGAGCCAGGCCAUGAAACUGCCCAGCCCUGCCCACCACCUCUGGAGUCUGCUCUCUGAAGCUACUGGGAAAAUUUUUGACCUCCUGCCAAAUAAGAUUCGGAGAAAGGAUCUAGAGCUGUAUAUCAGCAUAGCAAAAUGCCUCUUAGAAAUGACAGAUGAUGAUGCCAAUCGGAUCGCCCAGGUUACUAAGAGCAACAUGGAAAAAGCUGCCUUUGUCAAACUGUACUUAGUCUCUCAAGGACGAUUCCCCUUGGUGAACCUGACCGAUAUGCUGAGCGUUGCUGUGCAGCACCGUGAGAAAGAGGUGUUGGCCUGGAUGAUUCUGCACAGCUUAUACCAGGCACGGAUUGUGAGCCAUGCCAAUACGGGCGUUUUGAAGAGAAUGGAGUGGCUCUUGGAACUGAUGGGUUAUAUUAGAAAUGUUGCUUACCAGUCAACAUCCUUUCACAAUACGGCUCUUGACGAGGCUUUGGACUUCUUCUUGCUGAUAUUUGCAACCGCAGUGGUUGCAUGGGCCGACCACACUGCCCCUCUCCUCCUCGGUCUCAGUGCCAGUUGGUUGCCAUGGCAUCAGGAGAAUGGCCCGGCUGGGCCAGUACCAAGCUUCCUUGGCAGGAGUCCAAUGCACAGGGUCACUCUGCAGGAGGUUCUCACUCUCCUUCCCAAUAGCAUGGCUCUGCUGCUGCAAAAAGAGCCAUGGAAGGAACAGACCCAGAAGUUCAUUGACUGGCUAUUCAGCAUCAUGGAAAGCCCUAAAGAAGCCCUCUCAGCAAAGUCCAGGGAUCUUUUGAAAGCCACCCUGCUGUCCUUGAGAGUUCUCCCAGAGUUUAAGAAGAAAGCUGUAUGGACCAGAGCAUAUGGUUGGUGAACAGUUUUGCAGUAACCAGCAGCAUUCUCAGCUGGAUGAGGAAAACCAUAUAAAUGGAAGAAGUUUUUCAGAAUUCAUGCCUGGUAUUGCUGAGACAUGAUGCAGAGAGUUAAGGGUCAUGAAAAGGUGGCCACAUCACUGACAGCUUGACACAUGCCUCCUAAGAGAGGAGUGCAUUGCUUUAGUACCCGGGCCAGUUGAGACUGAAACAGGAACUUGGAUUUUCUUUAUUUGGCUUGAGUUCAAUGUGGAGAUUUUCUUUGUGAAAGCUUGAAGAUAUUAUCUUCUCCCUGCUAAAUUCCAGUAAAAUAAUGUUGUCAAUUU